AUGUAUAAUUUUUCUUUAGCAAUUGCUCGAGCAUUAAUUCGUAAUCCAAAAAUAUUAUUACUUGAUGAAGCAACAAGUGCAUUGGAUAGUGAAAGUGAAAAAUUAGUUCAAGAAGCAUUAGAUCAUGCUCAAAAAAAUUCAACAUCAAUAACAAUAGCACAUCGUUUAUCAACAAUUCAAAACGCUGAUAUGAUUUGUGUUAUACAUAAUGGAGCAAUAGUUGAAAGUGGAACUCAUCAAGAAUUACUUGCGCUUGGUGGACAUUAUUAUCGUUUAGCAGUAGGAAAACUUAAACAAAAAUAA